AUGGCGCCGCCUCCUCCCCCGGCGGGGGAGCAGCAGCAGCCGCAGCUCCACGGGGUGGUCAUCAUCACGCUCCCUCCCUCGGACCAGCCCUCCAAGGGCAAGACCAUCACCGCCUUCACCUACACCGACGACGCCCCGCCCCCGGAGCCGGUGAUGGGGUACCCGGCGGCGACGGGGGUCAGGCGGCGCCCGAGGCGGGUGCUCUCGACGCGGCGCGUGGCGGCGGCGGCGCUCGUGCUGGGCGCGCUCGCGGUCGCCGCCUACUACUGCUUCUACUCGGACGUGGCCGUGCAGUUCCUGGGGAUGGAGCAGGAGGAGGCGCAGAAGGAGCGGAACGAGACCAGGUCCUUCCUGCUGCCGCUCUUCCCCAAGGCGCGUCAGGGCCGCGCCCUGCGGGAGUUCGGGGACGUCAAGCUCGCCGCCAGGAGGGUCGAUGACGGCGGAAGGAAGGCGAGGAACAAGAUGGAGGUCGCGAAGGCGGCCGCGGCCGGGACCAAUUCCACGGCGUUGCUCCCGAUCAAGGGCAAUGUCUUCCCCGAUGGCCAGUAUUAUACAUCUAUCUUUGUUGGGAACCCUCCAAGACCAUACUUUCUUGAUGUUGAUACUGGAAGUGACUUGACGUGGAUCCAGUGUGAUGCACCAUGUACAAACUGCGCAAAGGGACCACAUCCUUUAUAUAAGCCAACAAAAGAAAAGAUUGUCCCUCUUAGAGAUUUGUUAUGCCAAGAAUUGCAAGGCAACCAGAACUACUGUCAAACCUGCAAGCAGUGUGACUAUGAAAUUGAAUACGCAGACCAAAGCUCCUCAAUGGGUGUCCUUGCAAGGGAUGAUAUGCAUCUGAUCGCAACCAAUGGUGGAAGGGAAAAACUAGAUUUUGUCUUUGGGUGUGCAUAUGAUCAGCAAGGCCAGCUUUUGUCCUCACCAGCAAAGACCGAUGGGAUCCUUGGACUUAGCAAUGCGGCGAUAAGCCUUCCCAGUCAGCUGGCAAGUCACGGGAUUAUUUCCAACAUUGUCGGCCAUUGUUUCCCUAGAGAGCAAGGUGGUAAAGGAUAUAUGUUUCUGGGAGAUGAUUAUGUCCCUAGAUGGGGAAUAACAUGGACUUCUAUCCGAAGUGGUCCAGAUAACUUAUAUCACACAGAAGCCUACCAUGUAAAAUAUGGGGAUCAGCAACUCCGGGUGCGUGAGCAGGCAGGAAAUGCUGUUCAAGUAAUUUUUGACAGUGGAAGCUCCUAUACGUACCUCCCAAAUGAAAUAUAUGAAAACCUUGCUGCAGCAAUCAAAUAUUCGUCUCCGGGCUUUGUCCAAGACAGCUCAGAUCGGACAUUACCUUUAUGCUGGAAAGCUGAUUUCCCUGUGAGGUAUCUUGAAGAUGUCAAGCAGUUCUUCAAGCCCUUGAACCUUCACUUUGGGAAGAAAUGGCUUUUCAUGUCUAAAACAUUCACUAUUUCUCCUGAGGAUUACUUGAUUAUUAGUGAUAAAGGAAAUGUCUGUCUUGGGCUUCUCAAUGGGACAGAGAUUAAUCAUGGGUCAACUAUCAUAGUGGGAGAUGUUUCUCUGCGCGGCAAGUUAGUUGUGUAUGACAAUCAACGGAGGCAGAUUGGAUGGGCAAAUUCAGACUGCACCAAACCGCAAUCACAAAAGGGCUUUCCCUUCUUCCUGUGA